AAAACAUGCAACAUGCUUGUACCUCGAUCGUCUCGGCUGGAUGUCGUAGACAGCGCUCUGUUGUGAAGCUAGGUCAAGCCCCUAAUCAAAUGAACUUUGAACUCUUUGUACUAACUUUUUAUAUGGACCGCUGCUCUCUGGGAGUACUCACUUAUAAUGGCGAGUUGGGCAGGAUUUGUUCUGGUGCUGACAAGCGUCACAUUACAGGCAGAUGCACAAAGUUCGCACACAAUGGACAAUAUUCUAGAUUACUUCCCGGGUGCAGAGGGAGAUGGUUUGAACAUAGUGUGGGCACACGCUGUGAAUAGUCAAGCAGAAUUGGAUGAAGCAUUGACAGAUGAUACAAUGAUGUUAGAAGCAGACGUAAGUGCAGAAAACAACACAGGUAUCCCCAUCAUGGCACAUCCCCCAGACGUAUACAGUGAUCUUACAUUAGAAGAGUGGCUUGUCCAAUGUACAGAAACAGACAAAGGCAUGAAGAUGGAUUUCAAAGACAUUAACGUUGUCACAGACUCCAUGGAUAUCAUAAAUUUUUAUGAAGAUAGAAUUCAUCAGCCACUAUGGUUAAAUGCAGAUAUAGUGAAGGGUCCAAAUGGCGGCGAUCCAGUCCCUCCAGUUGAAUUUAUCAGCAAAAUAAAUGAUGGCUUCCCUACAGCUGUCCUAUCCCUGGGAUGGACGACAUCAUGGAUACCUUUCAAAAGUGACAUGUAUACCUGGACUAUGAUAUUCGACAACAUGUUUUACAGUUAUCCAUCUAAGCAGCCUGUGACUUUCCCCGUACGCGCUGUCUGGUCCAUUACAUCAUGGAACAAGUUUGUAUGGAUACUUGGGGUUCGGCAUGACUUCUCUAUUACAGUGUGGACAGGUAGCAAUGACAAUGUCGACGUCCAAGGGUUGGUCGAGCUCCGUAAACAUGGUGACAUAAAACGAAUUUACUACGAUCUGACCGAUGAACUAAUGCAGGAGUUUGAAGAUGCAUUGGCGCUACUUACUACGCCUGUACCGACCACUAGUGAUGGUACGUCAGAUCAGUGGGACAGCACUUUGUGGAACGUCAUAGAGUCUCAGGCAAUCGGUGACUAUGUAUACCUCAGUACAGAUAGUGUUGGACUAGUUGGUGUAGAUCGUGGGGCAUUUAUCGAAUCGAAAUACGAAUAUCAAGCAGGGACUGAGUCCUUGGAGGCAUUGGAAAUCACUGGUACAAUACAGUUUGUAUUCCGUGUUGAUGAAGACACAUAUGCAGCAGGGGACGGUGUAGAAAUAUAUAUUCGUUCCUCUGGCAUAAGUAAUUUGAAAAUGAUUGAAGACGGUCUGCGGCUGUACAUUGGACGUGAUGGUGAAGUUCGAUUAGAAUCAGUUACAUCACCCGUUGAAGGAGUAUCUGAUGCUCUUAGUCCCAGUGACUGUUACUCGUUCAAAGUGGUCGAUAAAGGCAGUAUUUCAGCAGUCCUAGCUGAUGUUCAGCCUGUGGAAUGUACAGAUGGAACAGGAAAUCUACCCACAGAAGUCGACCCAGUUAGUUUGUCAUUGGCUGCUCCUUACGAUGAGAACGAACGUUUUUUCAUCGUUAUGUCCAAAGCGGGGGAUGACAUUGAUGUCUUGUUAGAGGAUGUAAUUCUCCCACACUCAGAUGGUACGAUGACAUCACACCAUAUCCACCAAUCAGCAAUGUUCAUUUCGAUAUUUAUAUCUAUACUUCAGUUAGUCUAA